GCCCAGAGCAAGCCUGGAAGGUGGCAGCCUGUGAUAGGAACCCGUCCAGAAGCUCCCCGCCUGUGCCGGGCCCCCUGGCUCCUGGGAUUCACCAGCCUCCUCCUCAACGCCUUCAGCACUGCGGUCAGGAGCUCUGGGGCCCACGGAUCUGGAGUGGAGGAUUCCAGAAACCUAGUUUCCCUGAAGGGUACUCUAGGAGGUUCUGUGGUGUUUCAUGUGACCAGACGUCCAGAAGUACCUCCUGAAGCCAAGCUGGAGAAGAUUUCUUGGGGCGUUAAAAACGAGUCAAACUACAUACCCCUCCUGCACGUCUCUCCUGGGGUGGAUGUUCCAGAAUGGGUCACCUCCAAGGACAAGUUCAAGAAGAGGGUCCACGUGCUCAACGAAACGACCCUGAGGAUUGACAAGCUGACCCUCGAGGACAGUGGGUGGUACCGGGCUCGAUGCUCCUUCAGCACAGGGAUAGAAAAUGCCCAGUAUUUCCACCUCAGUGUCUACGAAACCGUGCCCCGUCCCCAGGUCCUGGCCGAGGUUCUGUCCCUCACACGAGACUGGUGCAACGUCACCCUGGAGUGCCACACCCCGGGAGCCACAGGGGCCGUGAAUGUGUCCUGGGAGAGCAAGGGCCUCCCCAGGGAGCUGGAGCAGAGAGGGGCCCCAGGACCAGCCCCCAACCCCUGGACCCUGGCUCUGAACCUGCCCCUGAGCCAGCCCAGCCCCAGGGUCACCUGUGUGGUCAGCAGCCCGGUGGACCAGAAAACUGCCACCCGGGACCUCGGGGAAGUCUGUGUCCACACCGAGUAGGCCCAGAGCACGCCUGGAGGGAGGCAGCCUGUGAUGGGAACCCGCCCAGAGGCCCCCCGCCUGUGCCGGGCCCCCUGGCUCCUGGGAUUCACCAGCCUCCUCCUCAGUGAGUGGCCCGGGUCCCUGGGCGGGAGGCCGC